UCUCUGAAUAAUAAAAAAAAAAAAGACAAUUGUGGAUGAUGAUCUAAAUCAAUAUGGGGAAAAAGAAAAGAAGCUGGUUCAGUUAUGUCAAAAGACUCUUCACUCCUGUCUCAAAACCAAAAUCUGAGGAGAAUUCAAAGAAUUUGAAAUGGUUAUUCCAAAGGUUGAAAUUCAGACAGCCUCCUCAUCCUGUAAUAGAAGCCCCUCAGAAGGCACUAAACGCCGCCACGGAAGAUCAGAGGAAACGUGCAUUGGCGGUGGCGGUAGCCACCGCCGCGGCGGCUGAAGCCGCCGUGGCGGCAGCAAACGCCGCCGCGGAAGUCGUCCGCCUCACGAACGUCCCGUUCUUCGAACUCCGGUCGAGGAAACAGCACUUUUCGGCGAUCAAAAUCCAAACUUCUUACAGAGCACAUCUUGUAAGUAUUUAUCUUAAACAAGUACAAAUGUAUACAUACAUACAUGCAUAUAUACAUGUUGAACAAAUUUUAAUUAUGCAGGCUAGAAAAGCAUUGAGUGCACUUAAAGGAAUAGUGAAGCUUCAAGCGGUGGUACGAGGACAGCUGGCGAGGCGAAGAGUCGUCGUAAUUAAGACGCAUUUACGAGUACAUAGAAGAAGGGUUCCGACUCUUCUUGAUUAUCUUAAUCAUGGUGAAAAAAGACUUAGUCUUGGCCAAAGAGAAGGGACGAAAUCCGAGGAACUAACGUACAAAAACUGGGAUCUGAGCUUGGUUUCGAAAGAAAGCAUGGAAGCAAUGUAUCUACAAAAACAAGAAGCCGUUGCGAAACGGGAACGCAUGAAGCAAUACUCGUUUUCCCAUCGAGAGAGGAGAAACGAUCAAAGCCUAGACGAACCAAUGAAGCUGAAUCGUAUAUUUCACUCGAAUAGUUAUACAGGUGUCGAUGCAAGUCAUUUAGCACAAGUGAAGCUGAGAAAAACGUUCGAACAAGAAACAGCAGACGAUUUAAACUCGUCUUAUUCACAGCCAAGGAGAUCGUUUUGUCACGUAAAACAGAGAUCGAUUGGAGAAGAAGGAUCUUUACCGAAUUCUCCCGUUUUUCCGACUUACAUGGCUUCGACGGAAUCUGCAAAGGCAAAGUCGAGGUCUUUAAGCACACCGAAGCAGAGGCUUAGAUUGUGCGAUACUUACUCUGGCGAAGAAUAUUCUCCGUUUAAACACAGGCUUUCUUCUUGGAGUUCGUUUAAUGGUGAAAUUAACAAAAGGAACAGCAUUUCUCAGCACUUGUCUUCUACUUUCGGAACAUUUAACUGAGAUUAAGACAACUCGUAAUGUGUAUAUAUACGCAUGUCACUCAAAAAAAUAUUCUUUUUUUUUUUCGGUUUCGAGUCUUUGAACUCAAUGUCGUGCUACUGGUUUAUUUGGGGUUCCAGUGUUUUAUCUGCUUUUAUAUGGUUUGUCGAUCUUUCAGUUUCCUUUAUUUCGAACAUAUGUUUUUGCUUGUUCUGGUGUACGUUUCUUUAAU